AUGGAGGAGACAUAUCCCUCAUUCGUUUCACCGAGUCCUUCUCACCAAACUCUGCGACCUCCAUCCGCCUCAAAAAUGCCCGAGGAUGAAGUCCAAACCCAUCUCACUUUCAUGCGCGAAGCUCUUGCCAUGGCGGAGCUCGCUCUCCAAACCUCAGAAACCCCAGUCGGAUGCGUCUUCGUAUACAACGGACGCAUCAUCGGCCGCGGCAUGAACGCCACGAACCGCACGUACAACGGGACCCGGCAUGCAGAAUUCAUUGCCAUCAAUGAUAUUCUGAUGGCUCCUCAUCCGUCCGAGAAGGGGAGGAAGAUCUAUGGACCGGAGAUAUUGAGGGAGUGCAAUUUAUAUGUUACUAUUGAGCCGUGUAUCAUGUGCGCUAGUCUGCUCAGGCAGUUUGGUGUGCGGAGGGUGUUUUUUGGAGGAAGUAAUGAGAAGUUCGGGGGUACGGGUGGGGUGUUGAAUAUUCAAAGGGAGAAUGGAAGGGAGGUUGAGGAGGGUGAUGAGGAGGAAGUGGGAGAGGAGGAGAGGAGGCAGAGAGAGUGGAGGAGGGAGGGUGAUUAUGAGGUUUAUGGUGGGUGGUUGAGGGAGGAAGCUAUCGUGAUGCUGAGGAGAUUCUACGUCCAGGAGAAUGAGAGGGCGCCAGAGCCAAGGGGGAAGAAAGAGAGAGUGCUGAAGCUUGAGGUUGAGCCCAUUGGAGGAAGUACUGCAUGUGGGUAA